UGGAGGGGGCGGGCGGCGGGCGCGCAGCCGGCCAAGUCCCCGGAGCCGAGCCUUCCUCCGCGCGAGCCCCGCGAGCCUCGCCGCGGAUGCCCUGCCCGGAGUGCUCCGUGCCGCGCCAGGCUUGCCCAGGUCCGCGGCGAGACAUGCCCGAGCCAGGCGCUGCACCGACCUCGACUUAUCUGUAAGCAGCCGAAGGAAUCAUGGUCAGUAAAGAAAGCGGCAAAUGUGUACUCACGACAUCGGAGAGUGACGUGGAGCCUGCCGCCUGCCUGGCCCUGGAGAUGAAGUACGCGCUGGACCCCAACCGGCAGAUCAAGAAACGGAAUAAAGCCCUCCAGGUGCGGUUUAAGGACAUCUGUGAGGCGCAGAACGAGCAGAGGGACCCGCAGCUCUCGGCGGGACAGCCGGGCGAGAAGCGCGAGGCCAAGCCCGUGUCCUACAGGGCGGCCUACCGCAAAUACAUGACUGUGCCCGCCCGGAGGUCCAUCCCCAACGUCACCAAGAGCACAGGCGUGCAGACCUCGCCGGACCUAAAGAAGUGUUACCAGACCUUCCCGCUGGACCGCAAAAAAGGGAACCUCAAAAGCAUUCCCGCUGCAGAUGCUUUUAAGAAUCAAAACAAUGGGUUUGCAUCGGACACGAAGGAGAAGCGUGAGGAAGGACUGGGGGAGGAGGCCCGGCCGUGGGGUGCCGGCCGGGUACACAAGACGGCAGCCUUGGUUUUCCACUCCGACGAACACAUGAACGCCCUGGACCAGCCUGCCGGGGCCAACUGUGCAGAGCCGUGCAGAAACCCUGAUGUGCACAGCUGCCCAGAUGAGCCACUCCAGAACUCCGCCCGGCCUCCCUCCCAGGAGCCCGAUUACCAGCUGCACGGGAGAGCAAAGCACGACGGGGCAACACCAGACCCCGAGGCAGCUGCUCUGUCGGCCCACGGGACCGUGUUUAAAACCGAGGUGGCCACCGUUUACGCACCUGCCCCCAGCGCGAAGGCCCCCGAGGCUGCCUUGUCAAACUCUGCCGCCACGAGCGAACGGCCCCUCUGCCCGGCAGCCGACCCGGAGCGGAGGAGAGCCCCGCGUCUCAACGGGCUCCAGGGCCCCCAGGGCCCCGCGGCGGCCUGCUCGCCCCCGAUGCAGUGCCUGUCCCCCGAAUGUAGCGAGCAGCCCCCGCAGACUCGAGCCCCGCCGGGGGAGGAGAGCCAGCCUUGGCCCUCGGCCGCCGCGGUGGGCGAGGAAUGCCGACAGAUCGUGCCCCGCACAGAAGUUGUCGAUCUGAAAGCACAGCUGCAAGUGAUGGAGGACCUGAUCAGCUCCAGCCAGGAAACCAUCAAAGUGCUCCUGGGGGUCAUUCAGGAGCUGGAGAAAGGAGAGGCCCAUCGGGAAGGGCUUUCAUAUCGGACGGGGCAAGACACAGCUAAUUGUGACACAUGCAGGAACAGUGCAUGUAUUAUCUAUAGUGUGGAGCUGGACUUUAAGCAGCAAGAAGACAAGCUCCAGCCGGUUCUGAAGAAACUCCAUCCUUUUGAGGAGACUCAGGUCGCACCUUCGCCUUACUCUCAGGAGCCCUACUCCGCAACUCACAAGCAAAAAUCCAAACCCGAAUCUAAAAAGCACGGAAGAUGGAAACUCUGGUUUCUUUAAAACUCAUGGCGUGUGGAGUCUAAAGGCCGUCUUUAAAACCCAGUGGAGUAUGGUAAAUCCUUUUCCAAAACAAACAGGAUCGAGUGAGCUGCGGCGGCCUCUCGGGCGCCUCCCACUUCCCACCCUGCUUACCGAAAAGGCCUUUGUACCGACAGGUAGUGAGCAGAAGCAAGGUAGUAGACGUCACACCUUGCCGGCUGUUCUCUGCCGUUCACGGAUGUGGGAUGUAAACUCUGAAAUGAAGCUUAUGUAGUCAAAGAGGAUAAGAAAAAUGCUAUGCCCCCACCCCACCCCCAGAUCGGCAAGUGUUACGUUAUCAGCCUGCGAGACGGUGGGCUGUCACUCUGUACACAGCUAAAACUCAUAAUUAUUUUCCAGCCUUUCCUUUUUCUUUUUUUUUUUUUUUUAAAUAAUGAGAAGAAAAAGCAAGCCUUAUGUUUGCAAAAGACUUCAUUUUUAUGUUUAGUUUUGCAAAUAAGCAGGGGGCAAGUGCCAUUUUCAGCACAUCAAAUUCUGGAGAAAGCACAAUAUUUUUAAGUGGUCGGAGACCAAUAAAUAAUCUCUAAAAUGUGACUAUAUGUAUAUUUGCCUUCAUGUGCUGUAGCGCUAAGCCAAGUGACCCCAUCUCAGUGUCACACUGACACCUCAAACUUAGCAUUCUCUUCAUCUCCAGACCUGCAACAUGUUUACUGCUCAUUUUACAAAUGGCCAGCAGCCAGGAGUCCCCCAAAGUCUAGGACAUGCCUUUACUCACUGAAGUUGACAGGGUCAGAGCUUUGGACACUAAGCUUUCUUAGAUCUCAUUUUUAAUCUUUUGGUACCCAAAGGCCAAAUGAUAAAUUCUGGCAAGAAUUUGAAAACACACAUAGAGAUACACAGUGGAUAACGCCGUCACCAAUAAAUCAUAGGGGUUCUCUGCCGCCAGGAAGUGUUUCUGUGGAUAAGUCUUUGAGACCUUGUUCAUCACCAAAAAUGUGGCCAGACUGUUUUAUACAAUCCAUUCUGCUCUGUCACCGCCGUGGAAGACCGGACCAUCUCAAAGAGAAGCCGCGUGUUUAGUUUAGCUGCCGCCAGCAAACUUAAUGUCACCUACAUCCAACCUAUUAGUCAGUUGUACUCAAUGACAUACCUAGGGGAAAGCUGUGAAUCAAAUGUUUUUAGGUAUUUUUUAAAUAAACAGUGACACUUAGAGUUCUCUUUUGAUUAUACAUUGCAAUAUAAAUCUUAGUUCCUUUAUUUUUCCACUCAUUCUUUUGCACCUUUGCAAUUAUCUUUUUAUAGAAAUCAAAAGCCCCUCGUCUACAAAUGACUUGGUCUGUCCAUUUUCUGCUUUUCAUGAUAGGAAGUAGGAAAUCUUAUUUUGCCUUUUUUUUGUACAAGUAAAAUUUCGAAUAGUUUGUGAACAUACCAGAAAACCUAGUCUUCAAGUUUCUGUCCAAAAAUUUCACAUCUAAUUUCAUGCUGACAUGGACACGUCAUUGAUUAGAUGCCAAAAGGAUGUCUACCUGCAUUCUUUCCAUCGGAGCUAUUUCUUGCCAUGCGUCUUCCUCCUCACUCAAUACCAAAUCUAUUUUAGUUCUAAGUGUUUCAAUUCUACAAGGACCUAGUGAUCAGCCAUCAGACCCAGAAUUAAUAAAAUGAAGAGUGUAUUCUGUAAGCAUUCUUUGGGGGUUACACACACUAUCUUGCAGAUGUAUCCUUUAAUUAAAAAGAAAAACACACACCUUUAGUGGAAACACUAUGUGAGCAUAGAAAUCCUUCAAUUAUCAGUAAACAGAAUUGAGAAAUAUUUUUGUGCAAGGAAAAGGACACACUGAUCCCGUACCAUGAAGGAAGUGCAAUUGUUUCACAUAGACAAAAAUUUAAAAAAAAAUGUGUUUCAUGUAUUUUAUACUGUUUUUAACUAAAGUUAUAAAAAUGUUUGCAAGUUAUAUCCCCUUGUGUUUUAAGAAUGCCGACUAUCUCGGUAAAUUGAAAUAAGGGUGUUAGCAGCUUUCUAAUUAGUGCUAUAAAUCUGUCUCAACAAGAGGGCAUCCUAGUAAACAGAAUGACAUCACUGUUUAAAAGCAGUCUAGAUCAAAGAAAAAAAAAUUCAAAGUCAAAAAGGAAACUGAAGAUAAACUAAUUCCUAUUUAAAACUAAAACUAUCUUCAGAAUAGAAAAAAAAUUUUCAAAAUCAUUUCAUAGUUUAAUUGCAAUGUGUCAUGAACAGACGCCUAUUCUUCUCUUGGAAAGAUUUAAGUAAAAACUUUGAUACAAAACCAAGGUAAAAAGUACAGUGUUCCCUCAUAUGUACAUGUAUACAUGGCAUUAUGUAUAGAAGUUAAAUUAUUAUACUUGUCACUAAGUUCUUUAUUAAUUUUUAAAUAAAAAAUCAACGGU